UUGUAUAUACACACAAAUGUGGAUACAUACUUAUGUAUUUUUACUUUUGAAAACCUUCAUUUUUGAUCGGCAUCUUUAAAAUUGUUGCAUUUUUGUCUGGAAAUGGAGAACAUGCAUUACAACGAUGUGAUGGUUAUUAUAGGUUUUGGUAAAAUUCAUUUACGACUUUUGGCUACUUGCGGGCUGUUGCUUAUGUUUACGGUAACUGAAACAAUGGGCAUGGCUAUCAUUGCACCAGCAAGUGCAUGCGAAUUCGGUAUUACGGAUAAAACCAAAUCAGUUAUUCAAUCAGCGGCUUUCAUUGGCAUGAUCUUAUCGUCAUACAUAUGGGGUUAUUGCUGCGACAAAAUCGGGAGGCGAGCAGUGCUCUUGCGCAGCACUGCAAUGGCCAUCGUUUGCUCCUUUUCCUCCAUGUUAAUUACGAAUUUUUGGGUAUUUCUAACAUUGCGUUUUGUGACUGGUCUUUGUGUUGCUGGACCUGGAUUUGCGUCACUCACCUAUCUUGGCGAAUUUUGUACAGCGAAAAACCGUGCUCCUAUCAUUAAUUAUAUGUGUAUGUUCAACGGUGUCGCCAUGGUUUACUGUCCAGGACUUGGACAGAUGUUGGUACACUGGAAACUAUACAUACCCGUUAUUGGUAAUCUGGCAAUACGUUCAUGGCGUGUUCUUGGACUUUUGUUUUCAGUUCCCGGUUGGAUAAGCUUCUUAUCACUUUUACAAUUGCCAGAGAGUCCGAAAUUUCUACUUAUGGUACAUCGAUUCGAAGAAUGUUGGGAAAUGCUAAAUUGGUUAUGUCAACUUAACAAGGGAAAGGACUUAGAAGCGUUUGGUAUCAAGGGUAUAGCGCCAUUAUUACAAUCGGAUAUACCCACAGUCCCUAACCUAUUUCGAGCGAUGACCGGGGAAGUGGUACCACUAUUUCAAAAUCCAUACAGGAAGAAAUUUCUCACUAGUUGCGUUGUUAUGUUCGGACUUAUCCUUGUCGCUAACGGUGUAGCAAUUUGGUUCACCGAUAUAAGAAAUGAUUCUCUAGUAAGGGAGGAAAAAAAUAAAUACAAUAACGAAAGCGCUGCGCUCACUAUUUGUGAGACAAUCAGCAAUAACAGAAAAGAAGCCGAAGAGCAAAAGGAAUGCCAUGACCAAAUUUUGGCGUUUUGGGACUCAAUUUUAUUGGGAGCUUCCUUUCUUGCUCAGUAUCUCAUCUUCGGCCUCAUGCUGUUAUGUUUGCCGCGCAAGCCAGUCUUCUGCACAUCGUUAACUAUUUCUGGACUAUGUGGGUUAUGUUUGUCGUUUAUGAGCCAUCCGCAUUUAACAGUGUGCACUUUUAUAAUCUUCCUUUCAAUACCGGCGGUGAUAAUUAAUUUAAUGAGCAGUGCGGUCCUGGAGUUUAUACCCACCUAUUUAAGAGGUAAAGCUAUGUGCAUUUGUAUGAUGUUCGGACGCUCAGGAGCUGUUGUUGGCAUAACUACUAUGGGAAUGUUGAUUAACAAAUCUUGCUAUGAAGCCUUUUUCAUAUUCUCAUUUUUUCCAUUCAGUAUGUAUGAAAAUGCAAGCAAAAAUAUGAUUUUCCCAAUCUCUACAAUUUUGAUAGUUUGUGCGGUGUGUGGAUAUUUCCUGCCUUUGGAUGCACAUAUUUUACCAAAUAACGGUUCUUGUGAUACAAAAUUACCCAUGGAAUUGAAUUUAAGUGAAAUCUCUAUAGUGAAUGAGGAGAGUCCUCAACAAAGGACAAGAUGUUGCUCCGUAAACUCUCCACAGGAUACGCAAAUGCUUCAACAUGACUAUGAGGCUGUGCUUGAUAUGAUAGGUUUCGGUCGUACGCAAUGGAUAAUGUUACUGGUAUGCGGCAUGCUGUUGAUGGUGGUAAUUAAUGAAACAAUGGGCAUGAGCAUUAUAACGAUUGCUUCGCAAUGUGAUUUUGCUACAUCCUCAGUUGAUAAGGCCGUCAUGAAUGCAGCUAGUUUCGUAGGUAUUGGAUUGUGUUCAUACGUUUGGGGCUAUCUCAGCGACACAAUAGGACGGCGGACAGUAUUGCUUUAUUCAACAGUUGGAGCAACGCUCUUCUCGACCAUAUCCAUGUUCAUACCCAACUACUGGGUUUACGUAUUUAUGCGAUUCGUUGUAGGCCUUUUCAUUGCAGGCCCUUCCAGUACAACUUAUGCAUAUUUGGGAGAAUUUUUCACAACGCGUCAUUGUGCCGUAGUGCUCAAUUAUGCCAGUCUAUUUGUAGGCAUAGGAAUGGUGUACGUACCGGCUAUUGCUUGGUUGGUACUGACUAUGGAUUGGUCCCUUCAGAUAAGUGAAAAUUUCACUUUUCGGCCAUGGCGUGUUUUGACACCUUUUUAUUUAUUACCGGGCCUCAUAGCAACGGUGGUAUUAACAGCACUACCAGAGAGUCCCAAAUUACUGUUAUCAUUGGGUAAAGAUGAAGAAGUGCUGACAGCUGUUAAUUGGAUUUGUAAGCGCAAUACUGGUAAAGAUUUGAAGCAGUUAGGUGUGGAAAAAUUAAGGGCCGAAGAAACAAUGGAAGUAGACAAAAAGGUUUUAACAAGCAAGUCGUGCUAUGAUACAAUCAAGCAUAUUUGGCUGGAAACUCGUCCGUUACUGCGUCGUCCAUAUGUCUUAAAUUUCAUGAUAUGCUGCACGUGUAUGAGCGGCAUGUUUUUCAGCUCUACCGGCAUGGCUCUUUGGUUUUCAGAAAUUCAAAACAGAGUUAGCUCAAAUGCAGAUGAGAGAACAUUAACUAUCUGCGAGUUGAUAACUCAAUCAAAUGGUGACUCAGUUAACAAUUCUACAAAGCCUUGUACCGAUCACAUCAGCAAUAAAAGCUACCUUGAUUCGAUUUACCUUGGCUUGUGUUUUAUCGCAGGCUAUGCUUUGGUAGGCGUGAUAAUAAAUAUAUUUGGACGCAAAGCUACAAUUAUUGGAUCGAUGUUCCUCAGUGCGGCAUGCUGUUUAGCUUUGAAUUGGUUGACCGAUCCAAUCGCCAUCGUCAUUUUCUUUAUUGUAUUUGUCACCAUGCCAGGCGUCUGUGUGUCCUUGCUAGGCAGUGGAGUGGUGAAUUUGGUGCCCACAUAUUUGCGCGGCAAAGCUGUUUGCAUUUGCUUUCUAAUUGGGCGUGCGGGAAGCGUAUUUGGUAGCAACAUUAUUGGAGCGAUGCUAGAAUCAUAUUGCAAUUUGACAUUUAGCCUUUUUAGUGGCAUCAUAUUUGUUGUGAGUCACCGGGUGUUAACAAUGGAAAUCAACGAAGGAACAAUUCGGUAUAUUUUACAGUUUUUCCGAUCAUCAAGUCGAAAAUGCAAGUCAAGCUGCUGAAAUUGUGAAUGGUUUUCCUGGUGCCGAUACUGUAAUUGCUAAUACGUGAAUUUUUGGAUUCGUUGAUUCCGUUCGGGCAUUUUUGAUGUUAAAGAAUGUCGAUAAUGCCGAUAAAAUCACAGAAAUUCUUGAAGUUGACCGGCAUGUUAAUAGUCGUAACAUCGCCCAGGAGCUGAAGAUCGGCCGCAAAAAUUUUACGCAAAAAUAAUGGUUUGUAUUUUUCCCCAAACU